UGAAAAGCCCGCGAAGCAAUGAGAAUUUUCCUUCCGGUCUUGGAUGUGUCAAGUGAUCUUCUUGAUCAGAAAUUCAAUUACGUCGUCGGUUGACAUCUACCUAUACCCAUGGAUUAUCUCCAUCACCUUCACAACCUUGAAUUGCUAAGAGAGCUACCUUUGCCAAGACCACGUCGUGGGCUACGGGAUGCUAGAAAUCCAUCGGAAUCGUAUGAGGAUGGGCCAUUUCGAGAUCGGUAUCGACUGUCAAAAGAAACCGUCAUUUACAUCAUCAACAUGCUGGAAGCCGAAUUGAAGAGGGACACACAGAGGAAUGAUCCACUUCCCGUUUAUUUGCAGGUGUUGACGGCUCUCCGUUUUCAUGCAGUGGGAUCAUUUCAAAAGAUGCAUGGUGAUGAGGCAGCAAUAUCACAGUCAUCAAUGUGUCGAAUCAUCAAAGAUGUGUCAGAAGCUAUAGCAAGAAGGAAAAGGCAAUACAUGAAGUUUCCUUCGACAAGAGAAGAAGUUGAAGCAACUCAGCGACAGUUCUUCCAGUACUGCAGAUUUCCAGGAGUGAUAGGUGCAAUUGAUGGGACACAUGUCUACAUCAGGAGCCCUGGUGGGGAUCAGGCAAUAUACUUCCUCAACAGGAAGAAUAGAUACUCGAUCAAUGUUCAGGUUGUUUGUGAUCAGGCUGGGAAAAUAACAAGCAUCGUUGCCAGAUGGCCUGGCAGCACACCUAACUCCGCAACCGUAAGUCACUUUUCAACCAAACUUGGAUGGUAGAUGUACUUAGGCGACCUGCAUAUUAUGCUGCAGUCGGAGGUCACAUGGUAAGGUCAAAGUGUUCAAAGUUUUUGUAGAAAUGUACCAAACCCGACGGUGCUCUCACUCCAUGAUGUGUCACUGCAUCGUAGCAAUCCAGUCGGAUUUGAAAUGGUCUACACAUGUUGAAUAUAUGGUCAAGCGCGCAAAUAGUCGUUUAUAUGUUCUUCGCACUUUGAAAUAUCAUAGUCUGUAAUUUCAGGACCUUAUAGUUGUAUAUACUAGUUUCGUGAGACCAGUUGUUGAAUAUGCUGUACCUGUAUGGUCAGGAGCACUAACAAAACAACAAGUACAAGUCAUCGAACGUAUUCAGAAACGUGCCCUUAGAAUCAUUUUUGGAGCAGCAUAUUCUUCAUAUGAGCAUGCUUUACUCCAGUCAGAACUGAUGUCUCUUGAAGAUAGAUGGAUCAAACUCUUUGUCUUGCGUUUGCGAAGUCUAUGCAAAUCCCCACGUCUAAACUGUAUCACCUUCUACCUCAAAAUAGGACUUGUCAAUAUCAGACUAGAAGCUUGGCCGGAACAGUAGAGAUGCGAUGUCGAACUUCACGAUAUAGAAAUAGCCCCUUGCCCUCGUUGAUUCGGCACCUUAAAGAGAAAUUCCAGUAGUUGCAGUAAACACUGUUUUCAUGAGAAAGUCUGUAAAACAAGGCUUAAUUGUCAUUAAUCAUCGAGGAUCUAGAUCUGGUACAGUUACAUAAACUGAACUUUGUGAAAUCUUGAAAUCUACGCUGAAAAAUGUUCAGGCUGAAGAUCCCCAACACAGAUAAGCGCACGUGGGACAGUGUAUAAUUAUUGCUUCGAAUGUCGGGCCCGACGCUCUACCCGAAUCCUGUGCUUAUUUGCUGAUUUCUCAGCAAUUACACAAUUUCUUCCAGAAUCCUUUGGCACAUAUGUUUUAUUUAUACAAACAGACACUUUGGUGGUCAUUUCAUUGGAUUCUGUACGAACUCAUUUUGAUAUCGUUACCAAAACUAGCAUUUACCUUUAACUCUAAAAGAAUUGAUUACAAGGAGUAGUUUUUUUUGUAUAUAUCUUCCCCUAUCGUUACAUGUAUAAUAAUAUCAAACUACGAAUGGCUGAGAAUUAAAGAACUCAUCAUUCAUUGGACUCUUAAAAUGUGAUAUCAUUAAAAGAUUGUUUUUUAUAAAAUGCAGAUUACAUACUAAUUCUAAUGUUGAGUUCUCUUUAUGUUGGCGAACUCAAGUUUCAUUUCAUUUCAUUUUACUUUGUUAAUCAAAAUAUUUUUCUUUCAUAUAUGAGCAAUUAUUCACUGAUAUCUAGUCGUAAACUUAAUAUUUGAAUUGAAGUCAUAAAAAUUGCCAAAAUAUGUAUUAUUGCAGCAUAUUAGAUUAUCGUUUUUUCCCAAAGUAAUGUAAUUCAGAACUUAAUAUGUAAAUGUGUUUAUUAAUUUCUCUUUGUAUAUAUGUUUAAUCGUUUUAUGAUUUCUGUAUACAGUGUAUACUGAAUCAUUUAUUUUUAUUAUUAUUUAUUUAUUUUUAUUUUUAUUUGUUUAUUUUUUAUUCAUUUGAUAUAUAUUGUUUAUUUCUUAAUUUAAUCUUAUUUUUUAUUCAUAAAAUUUACUUAUAAAAGGGGGCCUUCACCCUGCAAGCUCUGCUUUUUAGUUGGUCUCCUUCCCUUUCGAUUUCAUGGUAUUAUUGUAUUAUAAAAAAUGAUUUAAAUGUUAUAUUUUGUAAAUAUGUAUAUUGAACUAUCAUUGUAAAUGUAAAAAGAUUGAAAGAGAAAAUAAAUGAAUUGAAUUGAAUUGAAUUGAAUUGCUUCUUCGCCCUUUUCUCUCUGUUUCCCUUCCACCAUCAAUUUCUUCUCUUCUCUCUCUCUUUCUCUGCCUCUCUUCUCUCUUCCACUAUUUCUAUUCCUUUCUGCUUUCCAAUUCAUUUCCUCUAUCCACUCAUAUUUACAUGUAUUUUGAAUAUUUUUCAUUUUUUUUUAUUGAUCAGUGAGUAUCAAUUUAAAUUUAUUUAUGAUAUACUUUGUUACAUAUGUCUAUAUUGAAAUUUGUUCGUAGUACUAUAAGUUUUUUUUACCUUGUUAUUGAUGAUUUUGUUUGAAAUGUAAAUUUUCGCAAUUCGGCUUUUGCCGCAAAGAAAGGAUUUUUAAUAAACCAUUUUGAAUUGAAUUGAAUUUACAGGUCAACAUUAAAGUUUAUGUGCAAGGCUCUUAUGACAAGUGUUAUUCCAUCCCAGUCAUUUCACAAUGAAGUUUCAAUACAAUUAUGUUGUGUGCCCUCGCAAAUCACGAUAUUUCUGGUUAUUUUCAUGAGUGGGCGAGACACAAUCACUGUUGCCAUGUUUUAUUCUAGAAAUAGUAAGCUUAGUAAUAGUAUGAAAAAAAUAAUUGAAAAAAGCUGGCCCGAUUUGUCCAGGUCAGAAAAGGGCAACACAAUGUUUGUUCAGGCCUUAAGUGAAUGCAUUCAUACAAUCUACCAUGUGUUUGGGAGUACAUGUUUAAAUAGCAAAUCAGCGUUCCUAUUGUAAGGUAUCUACUGAUUAAAAAAUAUCUGUAAAAAAUUUAAGAA